AUGUCCUUAAUGAAUUAUCUCACCAUCGGUGUGAUGUGUAUCACACUGAUUUUAUUUAUUGACUUAAACUCAGUCAAUGCGAUUAGAAAUAUACCGUGUACUGGUGGAUUCAAGACGGAACCCCACGUAGCAAACUGUAUUGUUGAUCCUUUGGGAAAGGAAAAAUACCAGUGUCCCCUUGACCAAUGUGGUCAAGAUAAUACCCACUUUGUGUCAUGGGGUGGCUGCGUGCCUAUAACUUACUAUCCAGGUGAACCCAGUGGCGAAACCACACAAAAUUGUGUCACCUACGGAUACUACGACCAAACACAUUACACCUGUAAGAAUGCCAAUGGUCACACGUAUAUUUGCAACCAUAAGAUUGAGGACAGACCAGUUAUUUCCUGCAAUUGCUAG